UUUUUUGUUCGUAUUUCUAUGUGACUUGUGUCUCUCUACGUGGCUACCAUCACCAUGGCUGAAAAUCAAUCGAGGCUUGAAGAAUCUUACGAUUAUGAAGACACGACCACCAGUUCUUGUGGUUGUUUCUGUGGACUAUGGUCUCGGUGGUACGGGUCGUGUAAAGAAGAACAAGAAGCGGUGAAAGAUGAUCAUAACUACUGGUUGGUGAAGGAAGUGAAGAAGGUGAAGGCGUUGUCAGAAAUUUUGGUAGGGCCAAAGGGGAAGAAGAAGAAGAAGAAGAAGAAGACUUUUAUUUUGGGAAGGUUGAGGAAAUGGGGUGGAAGGAGAAUGCAAUUCCGGUAUGACCCAGAGAGUUAUGCCCUUAAUUUCGACGAUGGGAUACAGAAGGAAUGUGAUGGUGUUUAUCUUAAUUUCUCGGCUCGAUUCGCAUGUCCAUUGGGACAAACAAGGAGAUUUAUUUUGGCGCUCCCGUCGCACAAAAUAUUGGAGGGGACGGAGGAGAGAGAGUGAAGAAGAGAUUGAGGAGAGAGGAGUGAAAGAAAAAAAAAAUCAUGUGUCACUCACUUAAUAGGAGAACCACCAUGGUCCAGGAGUAUCUUAAAAACAUCCCUUUAUCGUAAGGAUGGAUUGAACUUUUGUGAUUUCUUCA